CUCGCUGUUGGCGGCAGCUGCCGCCGCGGCCGGAGCCGGGCUGAGACUUGACGCAGCCCCCGCCCCCACCUUACCCCAUUGUCCAAUCAGCGGCCCCACCACCCUCCUCUUAACCCGACGCUGCCGGCUUCUGUGCCGGGGCUACUGUCUCUUUAAGGAAACGACGCCGUUCCUCAUUGGUUGGCUAAGGCCGCCGCGGCUGCUUUUCAAGCAGGGAGCGCGUGCGUGCUUAGGAGCGAGCGCGAGCCUGGGGCUGCUGCCGGGAGCGGAGCGCGGGGAUUUACCUGGGCGGCUGCACCUGAAGGGAGGAGUCGCUCAGGGGACGCGGAAAUGCACCAGCGCCUGGCAGCAGCCUGGGCAGACCCCGCCCCCUUGCAGUAGCCCAGUUUCCAACUCUUCAGCCUUGGUCUAGGCAGCACCUUGCAGCCCCUGCCCCUGCCCGCCCCGCUCCUCGUUUAGCACCAGCAGCUCACUGCCCCGCUCCUCCCACGAGCGGCUGCAGCGCAGGUCCUUCCCUUGUCCUCUUUACUCCCUCUUGCACCGUGGUCACAGUCUCCUCCCCGCUCCUGCUAAACCGCAAUACCGGCAACCGGGUCCCUCCCCUCCAGAUUUAUGGCACAGGACGCCUGCCCCAGCUCUGCACUCGCUGUAGAGGACUGUGCAGACAUGACUCCCAGGAAGGUGGCUCUCAUCACGGGCAUCACUGGCCAAGGCCAAUCAUCACUCUUAAUAUCCCAGAGCAGUCCAGGGAGGAAUCUCUGGAGGCUGGAUGGCUCGUACUUGGCUGAGUUCCUGCUGGAAAAGGGCUAUGAGGUGCAUGGAAUUGUUCGCCGAUCUAGUUCUUUCAACACUGGCCGGAUUGAGCAUCUCUACAAGAAUCCACAGGCUCACAUUGAAGGAAACAUGAAGCUGCACUAUGGUGAUCUCACAGACAGUACUUGCCUGGUGAAGAUAAUUAAUGAAGUGAAGCCCACUGAAAUCUACAACUUGGGAGCUCAGAGCCAUGUCAAAAUUUCUUUUGACCUAGCAGAAUAUACUGCUGAUGUUGAUGGAGUUGGCACUUUACGGCUUCUAGAUGCUGUUAAGACCUGUGGCCUUAUCAACUCUGUGAAGUUCUACCAAGCCUCAACCAGUGAACUUUAUGGGAAAGUGCAAGAAAUACCACAGAAGGAGACUACUCCUUUUUAUCCCAGAUCUCCAUAUGGAGCAGCCAAACUGUAUGCCUACUGGAUUGUGGUGAACUUCAGGGAGGCCUACAAUCUCUUUGCUGUGAAUGGCAUCCUCUUCAAUCAUGAGAGUCCCAGGAGAGGGGCUAACUUUGUAACUCGAAAAAUUAGCCGAUCAGUAGCUAAGAUUCACCUCGGACAGAUGGAAUAUUUCAGUUUGGGCAAUCUGGAUGCUAAAAGAGACUGGGGCCAUGCCAAAGACUACAUUGAGGCUAUGUGGCUGAUGUUGCAAACGGAUGAGCCAGAGGACUUCGUCAUAGCUACUGGGGAGGUCCACAGUGUUCGUGAAUUUGUGGAGAAGUCAUUUAAACACAUUGGGAAAACCAUUGUGUGGGAAGGAAAGAAUGAAAAUGAGGUAGGCCGAUGCAAGGAGACUGGCAAGAUUCAUGUGACCGUCGAUCACAAAUACUACAGGCCAACUGAAGUGAUUGGAUGUCGGCAAGAUAAAGGAACCUGGACUCUUAAGUGCAACCUCUGCACUACAGUGCAACUCUGUGGGGAUGUUCAAAAUUAAACAUUUGGUUUAAGCAUUAAACAUUAAAGUUUUCCUUUUAAUUCCGAGGCCUGUGUUAAAGCAGAAUGGGAAAUGGUUUACAGUAUCUCCCAGUGCGGGCUGCCACACUGAUAUUGUCAGAAAUUACAUAAUUUUCAUUUCUUUUUUUAAGAUUAUCACCAACAAUAGAAGGCUUAAAAAUUCCAAAUGUAAUUACAAAAAUAUAUUUUCAAGUAGGCUUAAAGUGUGUUCCUGGUAAUAGGUGCACCUUACCUUUAAAACAUAGAUUUAUGGAGGGGCUCGGUCUUUAAGAGUAGGGAGCUUAUUUUAAUGAGUGGCUUACCCAGUGGAAGCUCCCACUGCCACCACCCAUUCAUACUAGACAUGAUAGAUAUCAAAAGACCUAUCACCAAAGGAUGUUACUGGUUCCACAUUCAGCUGCACUGCUCAGCCAGAGUUGCUAGCUGCUUUGUGGCAGACAGUCUACAAUGUGCAUCAGGCUGCUGGCACUCUGUAGAUGAGAACCUAGUCCUCUGGUCUCCCUGCUAGCUCCUUUACUACUCUCUGCACUCUGAGUGUCUCUUGCCAUACAUCGGAACAAGAAGAGGAGACAGCCUCCAUACCUGAUCUGCCAGCAACAAUAUUUGGCCCCAUUCUCAUGACUUUAAUACUUUGGUAUGUUGGGGGAAGGUAGUCAACCUGACUGGAUCCUCGUAUGUAGAGGUGGUGUGACGAGACUGCUAGAGGGAAGAGUAGGGAGGGAAAGAAACCAUAUAGCAGAUGAGAAUAAGGGAAAUUCCAAGGUGAGAGGGAGGGUGGAAAACACCCCAGUGAAUGAAAAAGGGAGGUGGCUCUGAAGGGAAAAGAAAUUCAGUGCACCCCAGUGGGAGCAAGAGAAUAGAGAAGCAAGAGAUUGUGACUAGAGCAAACACCAGAGGUGGGAAAG